UUGGAUAGGAAUCUAAACGGUGCCGUUCUGCGACUAUUCCCUUGAGCACCCACCGGUCUCGAUCGUCCGUGCAAUUAGUGCAUGACAGAAUCUCUCGUCGGCGACGUAGGCGUGGCCGCAGCCGUUGAUACCCUCACCGUGCUCAUAAUGUGUGAAGGUUGUUAAGUUUUUCUUGCUGCAAUGGCUGCUGAUACAUCUUCUCAAGAUCAAAGGAAACGCACUUUGGAGGCCUUGGAACGGAGUUUGCUGUUGCAGAAGCUACGUUUCUCCAACAACAAAAGAAGAACCGGAGCAAAUCAAUUGGAGAAGAUGCAAAAGUGAAUAAUAGCGUGAACCGCUCUCCUAUGGUUCCUUCUACGCGUUCAACAGAUAGGCAAGUGACUACCUCAGCCAACAAAGGGCGUUCUUUAGGUCGCACUGGGUCGCAAGAUGUGGAAGAAAAUGAUCCUGCAUAUUUCCAACUUUCCCAUCCUGUACAUGAGAACCUACGGACAACCAAUGUGGAGUAUCGUGGUACAAGAGGAAGUUUUGUUCAUGAGUUUGUGCGUGAGCUUCUUCAAAAAGGUGAUUCAGCUCAGAAGUUCAUGCAAGGGUCCCGAAGUAUAAAAAUUGAUAAUUGGAUGCUUCUUGAUAAUUAUGUGCAUGGACGUGGCAGCUCUACUGGCUAUCGUAUGAGAGCCUUGCAAAGCCAUUCAAAGCGCUCCAAAGGGCACAUGUCCUUGAAGCAGCAUAAAAAAUAUGGAUCAUUUGAUUUGCCUCAGCAUCUCCAAAAAUAUGAUCCUUUUAAGUCGAUGAAUGAGAUGUGGAAAGACUACAUGAUGCAACUUGUCAAAACUUCUGGGAAGAAUCAGUUAGCUCAAUGUCUUCUCAAUGCAGAUCUACAUGGUGCUUAUAUUCUAGGUGAUUCACAUUAUUAUGUUAUGCAAUUUGCACGUGUGCUACCAUUGCAAAUGUCUGCCACUUCUGUGCACAACAAAAAGUAUUUUAAGUUGUACCCAAAAAAGCCUGUGUCUUUAUAUGCCUGGUUGAUUGCUUGAAAAUUACAUUGCUCGGCGACAAACUUACUUCAAGAAAAUUGGGCUUUUAACUGUCAUAUUGUUAUUCCAUAUCAGGUGAUAGAUAUUUUCUUCUUUUUUUUGCUGAUUUAUUGUGGAUUGAGACUAUAUGACGUCAAGUACUUCAGUAUAUCCAAUUCCACUAGGAGAUGUUUGCCAUGUGGGCCAGUGAUAAAUUUCUAUCCAUUGACAGGCCAAUGAGAGAAUUCCAAUGACUGACUGCAUAUUGAUCAGACAGGAAGGAAGGAGUAAAUGCAGUUUGCAAACUAUUUACAUCCUGCCUCAUAGUUUAGAAGUGUUCUCUGGUGUCGUCAUUUUACAUAACCGCAUAACUUUAAGCAUGAUCGUUUAUAUUUUUUGUUUUGACAAAAGGAUUUUUACCGUUUUGGAUACCGGAUCUUUGAGGGUGAAUGUCUAUAAAUGCUAGGUGUUCAUUAGUAUUUUUGUAUGCCAUAAUAUAAUUCCACAAUGUUUCCUGGAUCUCCUUGUGUAGUUAUUCGCUAAUCAUGUUGACACCGUAUUUGAGUAAAUAACUGCAUUCUAUU